AUGGAGCACUCUGAAGGGAUAGAGAAGCCUCUGGCCCCGGGGAAACCUCGGAAACGCUUCGUUGGCACGUCCAAGGCAUCUUCGCGAGCUCCUCGUCGGAUAGCCAAUCAGAUCCCCGACGACAUCCUGAAUGACCCGGUGCUGGACGAGGCGAUUUCUCACCUUCCCAGUAACUAUAAUUUUGAGAUUCAUAAAACUGUCCACCACAUCCGCCGCGAUGGUAUCAAGACUGUCGCUCUACAAAUGCCAGAAGGACUCAUGGUCUACGGUUGUGCCAUAGCGGAUAUAAUUGAGGAGUUUACCGGUGCACUACCACUCUUGCUCGCCGACGUCACUUAUGGUGCAUGCUGCAUCGAUGAUUUCACCGCCAAAGAGAUGGGCGCGGAGAUGAUCGUGCACUACGGACAUUCAUGUCUCAUCCCCGUCUCUCAAACAACCCUCAAGACUCUCUAUGUAUUCGUUGAGAUUGGCAUCGACACUGCGCACCUUUCACUAUCGGUCAGGAAAAACUUUCCGUCCUCUCGCUCUGCCUUUCACCGCAUGGUUCUAGAGUCUGUCGACGCCGCCAAGAUGCCCAUCGCGAUGGAUGAUGAUUCGCCCACUCGACUUGCACUCGUCUCUACGAUUCAAUUCGUAGCUUCUGUACAGACUCUGCGGACCGAUCUCGAAUCUGAGCUGCCCUCUCUCGAUGAGACUGGCGAGAAUGCCCUCAUCAAGAGAGAAGGAAACGUUUGGCGAGGCAAGUACGACAUCACUAUCCCUCAAUCCAAACCUCUCAGUCCGGGUGAAGUGCUUGGAUGCACAGCGCCAAAAUUGAAGGAUGUCGACGCUUUGAUAUACGUCGGGGACGGCCGAUUUCACCUUGAGUCCAUCAUGAUCGCGAAUCCGGCGAUCCCUGCGUUCCGGUAUGAUCCAUACUCCAAGAAAUUCACCAGGGAGACAUACGAGCAUCAAGAGAUGCGCACCGUUCGGAGUGACGCAGUGCGGGCCGCCAAGCGAGGUCUCGAGAGUAGCGGUCCAGGCAGCUGGGCGGUCGUUCUAGGAACGCUGGGUCGACAGGGCAGUCUCAGUGUCUUGAAGACUAUCACCUCGUCGCUUCCCUCACAUGAUCCCCCCCUUCUCCUCCUUCUAUCAGAGUUAUCUCCCGUCAAACUCGCGCUCUUCCCUGACCUCACCGCCUUUGUUCAAACAUCCUGCCCUCGAUUAUCUAUCGACUGGGGGUAUGCUUUCGAUCGCCCCCUAUUGAGUCCAUACGAGGCCAGCGUGGCUCUGGGGAGAAUCAAAAGCUGGAGUGAUGGAGAUUAUCCCAUGGACUUCUACUCGGACAACUCUCUUGGCCCGUGGACACCGCGUCACAAGCCGAUCAUGGCGUGA